UCGCUUCUUAUAUAUAGUUACAUUUUGAUUGUUGAUCUGACUCCACUUUAUUGUUCUGUCGAUUGACUUAUUGGGUAUAAAGAUUUCUUUCUCAUAGAACGAGGACUGUAAUCUCUAACAAGGUGUUGCAAUCAUUAGGGUUUUCAGGCUUAAGUAAUCGUAUUUUGUUGACUUUAAUGCAUCAAUUAGGGUUUUCAGGCUUAAGUAAUGGUAUUGGGCUUAACAUUAUUCCCUAGACCGAUAGAAAUUAAUUCCAAGAAAACUAUUAUGAAAAGUUAGGUUCUUGAGUCGUCGAGAUUACAUUAACUGAUCUCAAAAUAAUGUUAUUAAUUGAUUCUAGAAAGUUAGGCUCUUAAUUGAUCUUGAAAAUCUAAGUUAUUAAUUGGUUCAAAAAAUAAAUCAGCUUGCAAUUGGUUUGUCGUUCAAAGCUGAUUAGUAGGAAUUGGAGAUGAAAGAUAAAAGCACAAUCAAGUUGCUUCUUAAGCGCAAUCUAUUAUCUUAAAUAAAACCUCCCCUAAGAUUUUGUAGGAAAAACAAAAAAAAAUUAAAUGUCAAUUACUUUAUAAUCAGCUCUAUUUGAAGAAAAAAAAUGUAUUAGUUGAGUAUGGAAGAAGAGACUAACAUCAAAUCUUGAUAUGUUUAACAAGCAUAUUGUGCAUGUGACUAGCAUAAAUAUGAACCUCAUAAGAUAAUGGCCUGUUGCUGUUGAACCUCACUCCCAGUUUCUUAUGGAAGUCCAGUAACAGUAUUGCUGUCUAACAAAGAAACACUCAUGGUCGAUGAAGUGACAUCAAUUUUUUGUAGAACAAGAAAUUAAAUAAGCUAGUCAUCAGCAAUGGUAAUGACUUUUGAUUGUUGGACAAGCUCCUCAUGUUAAAGAAGCAACUAGAGACCAAGAUCAAGUUCAUUCUGGAAGUUGAUUAUAGUGACAAAUUGAAAUCAUUGUCUUCAGAAGGGCCACAUUGAUAAGACCCUAAAGUCUUAUCGUAGGCUCUGAUACCAAAUGAUAAGACCCUAAGGUCUUAUCAUGAAAGAAAUGGGAGAAAAGGGAAUGAUAAUGAUCGCUUCGAGGGGAUCGGCCCUCCUUGAUCUCUUCGAGGGGAUCGGCCCUCCUUGAUCUCUUCGAGGGGAUCGACCCUCCUUGAUCACUUCGAGGGGAUCGACCUCCUAGGGUUUGUCCAAAGACAAUAAUAGUAUUUUUCAUAGAUUACUGAAAAGAAGCAGUUACAUCCCUAUUUAUAGAGUUCCACCCAAAGUCCAUCAGGACUUGAACUCUAAUAAUAAAUAAAUAUUAAAUAAACCUCUACUUGACUCUAAUUGAACCAAACUGACUCAAUAAACAACUGGACUAAACAGACUCAAUAAACAUUAUUCAAAAGCUCAGAAAAAGGGUCCUAACAGUUCCUCCCUCUUCAAAUCAGUCUUGUCCUCAAGGCUGAGCAGCAUCAAUCUCGGGGAGCUUCUCUUUCAGCACUAGCCAUAGACUAUCUGCAACGCAUCACAACCCGUUGAUCAAGUAAGUAUGAUCUCCACUUUUUGACAGUGUAAGCAAUAGGUCGAUCUUUCAGUGUAGUAAUCGUUGUAAGAAAUUUCUGGCCUUUGCUAUCAUAAGUUAAGAUCCGUCCAUCAGCUUCGAAUAUAUCACAGCCUUCAAUGUGGUGGGCUAAUUGGGCUGCAACUUUCCUGUCCAUAAAAUUAUUAGUGCUAUCUGUAUUAAUCAAAAUAGUGACAGGUUGAUGCUUCAAAGUUCCUCCGAUUUUUAUAGUUUGUGGGUUAGCAAAGCCAGCCAAUGCAUGCACUGUAUGUGUGAUGGCUUCAAUAUCUUCAUCAGUUUCCAUACCUUCAUAAUCGGAGUCCAACUCUUCUGCUUUCGGUUCCUCUCUAAUUGGCUCAAUCAUCAGAUGUUGCCCUUGUUUACAUUGGUGCUCCAUACUCCAUUUUUCAUCAUAGUACAAACCCCUUACUGAUCUUUCCUUGCUAAUUUUUUUCUCAUGUAGAUUUGCAAAUGAGAUCGCAGCUAUCAUAGUACGGGGUUGACGAGCCUUAACUUCAUACCGGAUCUCUGGAAUAAGCCCUUCAAUAAAUAAGUUUGAUGAAUUUUGGCGAGCUGGCAAUCAAUAUUCUCAUAUUCGGAUGGGCCAAAGCGAACAAGAAGCCCUCUUUUGAACUGCUCCCACGAAGGAACUCCGUGGAAAGUUUCAUACCAAUCGUACCACUGGAGUGCAUCUCCCUCGAGUUGGAUUGAGGCCACUUCUACCUUGGAUUCUUCUGGGGUUCUGUAAAGAUGAAAAAACUUUUCUGCCUUAGAGAUCCAAUUGGUCGGAUCUCCAUCUUUCCAUCUUGGAAAUUCCAUCUUCAUGUGUGAGUAAUUUGUGUCAUAAUCUUGGGGCCCUUUUCCUGUAUUUUCAGAUCUGUGCAACAUAGUACUUGAGCUCCCACCUUGUUGAAAUUUACUAAGGCUCCCCAGUAAGCCCUUUUUGAAAUCAUUAAGUACUUCUUGUAACCGGUUCUCAAUUCUAAUUUCCAAUGCUUCCAUUUGUGCUUUCACUGAGUUAUCGGUGGCCAUUGCGUAAGACUGCAAAUCUGUAAUCUCAACUCCUGUUUUUGGUGUCGGACAAGGGCAUCAACACUGUAGAUGCAAAGUUACCGAGGAGGUGGACGCCAAGGGCAGUGCUGCGGUCGCUGCGUUGGAGGAAGAGUAGCUGCCCUGUUUCUAUCGAGGCGUGGGGUGAGAGCGUCGAGGUUGGAAGGCGAUUGCGUUGAUGUGGCUGCAACUGGGGGCAGCGUUGCAAGGGCCUGUCGCUGCGGUGGUUGCGACGGUGCGGAUGGAAGGCAGCGUUGCUCUGUCUCUACCGCACUACGAAGGCGUUGGUGACGUCGAUGGAUCGCGUGCGGUUGAGGACACAACGGUGUCGUUGAAGCGACCGAAACAGAGCUUGCUGCGUGUGCUGUUGGAGGGAGGCUGCGGUGGUGUUGCCGAGGUUGAGGCUGCAGGGGAAAAUAGGAAUCGACGGUGGCAGGCUGGGCGGCGAGCGGCGUCGUCGCUGGCUGGGCAGCAGCGGCGACGGUGGUGGCAACCGUUCGCAGCAGCAAGAGGAUUGCCCUGUUUCGGUCACCAAGGGGGCAGAGCAAGGGGGAGUGGCGGCGGUCGUUCUCGCCCGAGCCAGGGGGAGCGGCGGCUGGGAGGCGAGCAACGGUUGCCGCACGGUAGCUGGCAGUGGUGGUGGGUCGGCUGGAAGGCGACGGCGCUCGAGGCGUGGCUGCGAUCGACGAGGGGCUGCGGCAACAGAGGAAGCUCUGUUUCUGCAACCGCUGCAACGAGGGGCUGCGGCAACAAGCGACUGCGGCUGCGACCCAAGGCGGGGGCACGGCUAGGGUUGCGGUGGAGAGGCAGCGGUGGUGGCGCGGCUGGGAGUAGCGUCACCAACGAUCGCCGAGGAGAAGAGUCGAGCGGCUGCGCUGCGACGCAAGGGGAGGCGGGCGGCGGCAGUAGGGCUGGGAUGGACGCUGGCAGCGUCGUCUCCUGGCCGGGGAACAGCGGCGGUGGUGGUCGCCGGCCGGGAAGCGGGGCGAUGGUGGGCGCUGGCCGGAGAGCAGCGACGGCCGGCGGGUGGGCUGGCCGGACGCAGGGGAAACAGGGGUGCGUGGCUGCGGUUGCUGCUUCUUCUUCUUUCUUUCUUUCUUUCUUUCUUUCUUUCUUCGUAUUCUUUCUUUUUUUUUCUCUAAGGCAGGAAAGAUGGAAUGAUAAGACCCUAAAGUCUUAUCGUAGGCUCUGAUACCAAAUGAUAAGACCCUAAAGUCUUAUCGUAGGCUCUGAUACCAAAUGAUAAGACCCUAAAGUCUUAUCGUAGGCUCUGAUACCAAAUGAUAAGAUCCUAAAGUCUUAUCGUAGAAGAAAGAUGAGAAAAGGGAUGAUAAUGAUCACUUCGAGGGGAUCGGCCUCCUUGAUCGCUUCGAGGGGAUCGGCCCUCCUUGAUCGCUUCGAGGGGAUCGACCCUCCUUGAUCUCUUCGAGGGGAUAGGCAAGCGGCGUCGUCGCUGGCUGGGCAGCAGCGGUGACGGUGGUGGCAACCGGCGUUCGUAGCAGCAAGAGGAUUGCUCUGUUUCGGUCACCAAGGGGCAGAGCAAGGGGGAGUGGCAGCGGUCGUUCUCGCCCGAGCCAAGGGGGAGCGGCGGCUGGGAGGCGAGCGGCGGUCGCCUCACGGUGGCUGGCAGCGGUGGUGGGUCGGCUGGAAGGCGACGGCGCUCGAGGCGCGGCUACGAUCGACGAGGGGCUGCGGCAACAGAGGAAGCUCUGUUUCUACAACCGUUGUAACGAGGGGCUGCGGCAACCGGCGGUUGCGGCUGUGGUGCCGGCGGUCCUUCUCGCUCGAGCGAGAUGGGAACGCGAGGAGAAGAGGUCGCUGGCCAGGUGAUCGAGCGGAGGCGAUGCGGCUGGGAACAAGGGCAAUCCGUGAGUUGCCCUGUUUCGGUCGCCGCGAGGAGGGCGACAAUCGGCCGCUGCGGCUGCGACCCAAGGGAAGGCAGGCGGCGGUUGAGAGGCAGCGGUGGUGGCGCGGCUGGGAGCAGCGUCACCAACGAUCGCCGAGGAGGAGAGGUCGAGCGGCUGCGCUGCGACGCAAGGCGAGGCGACGAAGGUAGUAGGGCUGGGAUGGACGUUGGCAGCGUCGUCUCCUGGCCGGGGAACAGCGGCGGCGGUGGUCGCCGGCCGGGAAGCGGGGCGAUGGUGGGCGCUGGCCGGAGAGAAGCAGCGGCGGGUGGGCUGGCCGGAAGCAGGGGACGCAGGGUGGCUGCGGCUUCUUCUUCCUCUCGUGUUUCUUCUUUUCCUUUUCUUUUAAUUUUUUUUUUUGUGAACGCAAUGACGAACUACAGCGAGAACGCUGAGGAUCGCUGCUCUGAUACCAAAUGAUAAGACCCUAAAGUCUUAUCGUAGCUCUGAUACCAAAUGAUAAGACCCUAAAGUCUUAUCGUAGGCUCUGAUACCAAUUGAUAAGACCCUAAAGUCUUAUCGUAGCUCUGAUACUAAAUGAUAAGACCCUAAAGUCUUAUCGUAGGCUCUGAUACCAAAUGAUAAGACCCUAAGGUCUUAUCGUGAAAGAAAUGGGAGAAAAGGGAAUGAUAAUGAUCGCUUCGAGGGGAUCGGCCCUCCUUGAUCGCUUCGAGGGGAUCGGCCCUCCUUGAUCUCUUCGAGGGGAUCGACCCUCCUUGAUCACUUCGAGGGGAUCGACCUCCUAGGGUUUGUCCAAAGACAAUAAUAGUAUUUUUCAUAUAUUACUGAAAAGAAGCAGUUACAUCCCUAUUUAUAGAGUUCCACCCAAAGUCCAUCAGGACUUGAACUCUAAUAAUAAAUAAAUAUUAAAUAAACCUCUACUUGACUCUAAUUGAACCAAACUGACUCAAUAAACAACUGGACUAAACAGACUCAAUAAACAUUAUUCAAAAGCUCAGAAAAAGGGUCCUAACACACAUCUAGUAGAAGAUGAAAGAAGGACUGCAAAAGCUCAAGAAAAAUCGAGAUCGGGCUACUACAAAGAACCAAGUGAUUGCAAAUGUGACAGCUUCUGAGAUGAAGACAAUGAUGUCCUAAUUGUCUCUAAGAGUAUCGACAAUUUUGAUGAUGCAUGGAUAAUAGAUUCUAAUAGUUUGCAGCAUAUUUGAUGUAGGAGGAUUUUUACUUUGUUUCUUUGAAGAUAAAAGAAGGCCCUGUUCAGUUGGCAGAUUGUUCAGCAAAUAAUGUUGCUGAUUUAGGGAUGAUGAGAAUCAAGAUGUUCAAUGGAACAGUCCAUGUUCUAGCGAGUGAGGUAUGCCCCAAAAAUAUGAAAGCAUCUAAUUUUGCUUGAUGUAGUAGACUUCAAGACCAUGGGUAGUGUUUUAAAGGUGACAUGUGGCAUUAUGGCUAGCAUGAGAAGGACAGGUGUGGCAUGAUCUGUCAGAUGAUUUAGGUGGAACACCAAUGGCUAUUAAAGAAGCUUAAAAGAAUGAUGAAAGAUGGUCCAAUUGUAGGUGUGGAUGCACUAGUUAGCUUUUUGUAAAAUAAAGACCAGGUGGAGAUUGUUGAUUAGCAUGAUUCUUUGGCUUUCAUUAGCACUGGGUCCUAGUGUUAUUACAAUUUAGAAAUUGUGUUCUUGGUCCUUACAUUUGUAGGAGCCGGAGGUGAUAGAUCAUAUGUUUUUUCAGAAUUGGUUACUAUCAGCAUGUACAGUGAUUGUAGGAAUUACUGAAAAUUGGUGAAUGUCUGUAUAUGAGACAGUCAAAUAGAUAUUAUGCCAAGUAUUGUGUGGGCUAAAACAUGGAGUAGAAAGAGAGAAGGGAAGAGAAGGGAGAAAAAAGAGAUGAUUGAGGAGAAUGCUAUGUUGGUUUAAUUGGAUAUUCUUAGAGUGUUGUUCUUAUAGAGUAGGCUCUAGCCAUGAUGACAAUUGUAGGUGGAGCACCAAAGGCUACUACGAUGGCUCAAAAUCAUGUUUUAGAUAGUCCAGUUGGAGGCAAGCAGCCAUUCAAAUUCAAUUUUUGACAAUAAAAGCACAUCUAACUUUUACUGUUCUUCUGAAGUUCCCAUGCAUCAUGUACCUAGAACUUUUUCUAUUAUAUACUUGUCUUUGAAUGUUAUAAGUUCUUAAGAUGGCUCAAAGUGAAAAGAAAAGGUGUCGAACCUACCUAAACUAGGUCAUGGCUCUUUUAGGUUGUUUUAUGUUAUUUUGAAAAUUCUUUAAAAACUCCUGAUAGAAUGAAGUUGUGUGCCCAAUAACCCUUUUCACAUUCUUCACACUGGGCUUAAAAGGACCUGUAAAAAUCUACGGUUUGGGGAUUGUGAAUCCUUACAUUUUUUUUUAUUUUUAACCA